GAUUAUAAAUUUCGGGCAUAUUAUGUGUUUAAAUCUUUAUGAUAUUUUAAUGUUUCCAACAGGGUAUUAUUUAUAACUAUUAGUUUCUUGAUUGGUUAAAAAGUUAGUACAAUCAAAAUGGUAUUUCAUGUUACAGGAUUCUAUAUGGCAAAACGAAUAACAAACGAUGUGUUCACUCGAUAAAUUAUACUAAUCAUUUGAAUCUGCAGGUGAAAAAAUAUAAAUUUUCAAACUGAUACUUUAUAUAUUCGGAGACAUAUAUGAUGAGCAAAUUGUUGCCUAAUGUGCUCUACGCUUAAUGCCUACUAAUUUAUAGUACUAAUCCGAUCUAAGAUUAUUCACUAAGAAGUCCUAUAAUAAAUGUUCUCUUUGGCAACUACCUUUAAGAAAAAAAACACUGAUACGCAAAGAGAAUUAUAAUACUGAUACGUCAAUAAACGGCAGAACAAGAAUUCUUUGCAAGAAUUACAUUGAAUUAGAUUUAUUUUCGAGUAAAUAAUAAAAUUUUAUUUAUAAUAAAUGGCUAAGCGAUUUACUAAAUCAGCUAUAAAUUGGACUGAAUUCCAAAAUAGAGUGCCACCUGAACAACAAUCGAAUUUUAUGUCUUUUAAGUCAAAAUAUGAAAUGUAUGUACGACGUAUGAAAGACAAUCCUGCUGAGCCUCCAAAAAUAAAUUGGGAUAUAUACAAACAGCUGAUUCCAGUACCAGGUUUGGUCGAUAAGUUGAAGUCUGAUUACGAAGCUUUCAAAGUCCCAUUCCCCCAAGAUCCGGUGACGGCCAAAAUCGAUGAGCAAUGGAAAACUGUCGAGGCUGAAAUUAAAAAAUAUUGUGCAGAUGUGCAAAAAGAUAUCGAAGCUGCUAAAAAAGAAUUGGAAAGAAUCAAAGCUCUUCCAAAAUUCGAUGAGAUGACAAUGGAGACUUAUUAUGAUAUGUAUCCAGAAUACGCUUUGGAUUUUGUAAAGAAACCAACCUUCUGGCCUCACACUCCCGAAGAGCAAGAAGGAUAUGAGGAACCUAUGCCUGGGGGUGGUAAAGAACAUUGAAUCCUAUUAUAAAAUAAUAUGGUUGUGAUUAAAUUAUCUAAAUAUUAUGAUGUUUGAUU